CAAGAAGAAGAAAUGCAAGAAAUCCAACGAGGAUGCCAUGAACAAGGUGUACACUAACCUGCUGAACAGCGUCUUCGGACAGGAGCGAGAGCUGUCUCAGCCAGAGCUAGACGAGCUGGCAGAGGCAUUCAAGGAGUUUGAUUACGAUCAGGACGGCUAUCUGAACUAUAAGGAUCUGGCCGAGUGCAUGCGGACGAUGGGCUACAUGCCCACAGAGAUGGAGCUGCUGGAGAUCAUCCAACAGAUCAAGAUGAGGCUUGGAGGUCUGAUGGAUUUCGAUGAUUUCUGUGAGUUGAUGGGCCCCAGGAUGAUGGUGGAGACGGCGGAUAUGCUGGGACUCAAAGAGCUCAAAAGCUCCUUCUGUCAGUUCGACGCUGACGGUGAUGGGAAGAUCUCUCUGGAUGAGAUGAAGGAGGCUCUGAGGACGCUGUUAGGAGAGAAACUCAAGAAAGGAGAGCUGGAGGAGAUCCUGAAGGAGCUGGACCUGAACGGAGACGGAACCGUGGAUUUCGACGAGUUUGUGAUGAUGCUGUCGGUGCGAUAACACCCUGAUCUACUGUCAGCGUUCCUGAUCCGACAGCACGAUCCGGGAAAACCUGGAAUAUCUGGGAUCUUUAGAACUGUGUCCAAUCAUUCAGGGCCACAGUCAUCUCUGUAAUGAAAAUGCAUCUCUAGUUUUGUUCUACUCUAUAGUAUGGACUAAUGCUAAUUUAAAUCUGUAUAUUUAAAUAUACGAAUGGAGGUUGCCAAGUAUUUUCUGUGAAAUGAGUUGAUGAAUGUCUGGAAAAGCCAUGGAAAUUAAUUCUGAGACAGUGAGAGACGCCUGAUCAUAGGAGACUUCAGUUUCAGGUCAAGAAAAGAGGAUUUGUAAUGAUUUGUUAAAGUAAUGCGUUGCAGUAUGUAGAUGACUGUGAUUUUAAUGUAAAAUAUUGUUUAUGUAUCUGAUGUGUAAAUGUAUUUAGAGGUAAUUUUAUGCAUAGAUAUUUGAUCAAGUGUCAAGUUUAUUUUUUCAGUUUUGUUAACAAAAAGUAAAAGUGUGAAAAAGCAUGAGAUUUUCUAUAAGUGUUCUACAUUAAACAUGUUUUUUUUGAGUAGUUCAGGCUGAAUAUGUU